CUUGAGUUCAUAACAGCAACACAAAGUUAGUUUUCUGCAAACUUCAAUUAAACACAACAAAAUGAAAUUCGCUAUUGUUACCUUGUUCACUUUGGCCUUGGCUUUGGGCGUUCAAUCAUCCAUAAUUCCCUGGGGUGGUGUAGUAACACAAAUUGCUGGAGGACCUCUUGCACACACAUCUGUUAUAUCCCCACUUGGUUUGCCUUUGGGUGGUGGCGUUUUAUUAGGUCAUCCACAUGCUGCUAUCUCCGUACAUGGACCUGUAGCUGUACAUUCACCCGCUGCUAUUCCCGCUGCUGUACAUGUUCCCGCUGUUGUGGGCGGCCAUGCUAGUUAUGUUGCCAAAACCCGUGGUGCUGUUCAUUCUGCUCCCUUGGCCGGUCAUCUCAACUCUGUAGCCAAUGUAAAUGUAGCCCCAGCUCCUGGAACUUGGUAAAAUUAUUAAGCAAACACCAACAUCGUAUUAAAGUUCCCAACUCCUAAUGAAACUGCCAGUGUGAUAUGUUA